ACACACACACACCCAGAUCAGUCAGUCUCUCUCAAACCGUCAUGGUGACCACAGAGACCCACCAGAGCCAGGAGCUGCUGCCCCCCCCCAGCAUGGACCCAGGACCCCUGGCUGGGCUGGAAUCCUCCCCCGGGCCCCUGGCCGGGCUGGACCCCGAGGCGUUGGUUCAGGGUCCGGUGAACGCCAUCACCGUCCUCACGCUGCUUGACAAACUGGUCAACAUGCUGGAUGCCGUGCAGGAGAACCAGAACAAAAUGGAGGUGCACCAGGUGGAGAUGGAGGGCGUGGUCCGGGGGAUCCAGGCAGAUAUGACCAAACUGUCCAAGAGCCACAGCCAUACAUCCAACACUGUCAGCAAACUGCUGGACAAGAGCCGCAAGCUCUCCGUCACCAUGAAGGAGGUGAGGGAUAAGAUGGAGCGUCAGGGUGUGCAGGUGAGGAAGCUGGAGGCUAACCAUGCCCACCUGGUCAACAGGAACCAGUUCAAGGUGCUCAUCUUCCAGGAGGAGAAUGAGAUCCCGUCCUCGGUCUACCUGAAGGAUCCCCCCCCAUUCCCUCGGGAUGAGAUCCUGGAGGAGGGGGAGGAGCCGACAGAGGGAGUCGAUGGUAACCGUUCCCAGGAGGGCGGGCUCUCCACCAUCGACCUAUCAUCUGACGAGGAUGAAGGGCUGGAGGCAGAGCUAGAGGAGGAGGAGGCGUGGCCUCAAGACCUGGAGAACAUGGAGAAAUCCAGAGCAGAGAAACUGAAGAGAUCCAGUCUGAAGAAGGUGGACAGUCUAAAGAAGGCGUUCUCCAGGCAGAACAUUGAGAAGAAGAUGACCAAGAUUGGAACAAAGAUUGUUUCUCAGGAACAGCGAGAGAAGAUCAAACAGAAAACCUCCAGCCUGAAGGUCUCACCUCUGACCUUCAGCAUCAGGAAGCCUCGCAGCAGCUCAGACUCUCGGCACCCCGACGCCCUGCAGGAGGAGGCCGUCAUUGACGUCUCUGACCUGCAGAUCCCUGACAUCCAGGUUCCCUUCAACGAGGUUUCCUUCACUGAGGUCCACGCCCAGCUGAGUCCGGAGGAACCGGGGGAGAAAGAGGAGAAACAGGAUGAAGAGGAGAAGGAGGAAAAAGAGGAGGAAGAGGCAAAAGAGGAAGAGCUGGUGGAGGUGGAGAACAUAGAGGUGAUGGAGAAUGUAGAGAAUGUAGAGAAGAUGAUGGAAAACGUAGAAGAAGUGAUGGAGAACGUAGAAGAAGUGAUGGAGAACGUAGAGGAGGUGAUGGAGGAUGUGGAUGUUUCUGUGGUUUCUGAGGGAGUCGGUCAGAAUUACGCUUUGUCCUCCACUCUGCCCCAGGAGGAGAACCAGGAGUAAAGUCUCCAUGUUUAAGGGGUGUUUAUGGUCUUUAUUGUUUAAGCUUCACAGAUAUAUUCAUAUUGCACAGGAACCUGAACCCUCCUACACGUUCAGAUUUCACUAACUAAACAAAAAAUGUUUGAAUGCGUUUUUAUAUUAAGUUCUACAGCUGAUCCGAGAACUGUUAUUUUGGUUCCUCUAAUGUUCCCCUGAGUUUCCUCCAGAGUCUUUAAAGACCAUCUGAACAACAUUCCCCCAGGAUUCCUUUGAGGUUCCCCAUGUUCUCCAACAUUCCCAUUAGCGUUGCCUCAGGUUUUGAGAGGUUCUUCCGAAGUUUAUCAGAUUCCUCACUAAACAUUUUCUUAGGGUUCCUCUAUCAGGCUACACGGUCCCUUUAAUAUUCCCUUAGGGUUCCUCUAUCAGGCUACAAGGUCCCUUUAAUAUUCCCUUAGGGUUCCUCUAUCAGGCUACAAGGUCCCUUUAAUAUUCCCUUAGGGUUCCUCUAUCAGGCUACACGGUCCCUUUAAUAUUCCCUUAGGGUUCCUCUAUCAGGCUACAAGGUCCCUUUAAUAUUCCCUUAGGGUUCCUCUAUCAGGCUACAAGGUCCCUUUAAUAUUCCCUUAGGGUUCCUCUAUCAGGCUACAAGGUCCCUUUAAUAUUCCCUUAGGGUUCCUCUAUCAGGCUACAAGGUCCCUUUAAUAUUCCCUUAGGGUUCCUCUAUCAGGCUACAAGGUCCCUUUAAUAUUCCCUUAGGGUUCCUCUAUCAGGCUACAAGGUCCCUUUAAUAUUCCCUUAGGGUUCCUCUAUCAGGCUACAAGGUCCCUUUAAUAUUCCCUUAGGGUUCCUCUAUCAGGCUACAAGGUCCCUUUAAUAUUCCCUUAGGGUUCCUCUAUCAGGCUACAAGGUCCCUUUAAUAUUCCCUUAGGGUUCCUCUAUCAGGCUACAAGGUCCCUUUAAUAUUCCCUUAGGGUUCCUCUAUCAGGCUACAAGGUUCCUUUAAUAUUCCCUUAGGGUUCCUCUAUCAGGCUACAAGGUCCCUUAAAUAUUCCCUUAGGGUUCCUCUAUCAGGCUACAAGGUCCCUUUAAUAUUCCCUUAGGGUUCCUCUAUCAGGCUACAAGGUCCCUUUAAUAUUCCCUUAGGGUUCCUCUAUCAGGCUACAAGGUCCCUUUAAUAUUCCCUUAGGGUUCCUCUAUCAGGCUACAAGGUCCCUUUAAUAUUCCCUUAGGGUUCCUCUAUCAGGCUACAAGGUCCCUUUAAUAUUCCCUUAGGGUUCCUCUAUCAGGCUACAAGGUCCCUUUAAUAUUCCCUUAGGGUUCCUCUAUCAGGCUACAAGGUCCCUUUAAUAUUCCCUUAGGGUUCCUCUAUCAGGCUACAAGGUCCCUUUAAUAUUCCCUUAGGGUUCCUCUAUCAGGCUACAAGGUUCCUUUAAUAUUCCCUUAGGGUUCCUCUAUCAGGCUACAAGGUCCCUUUAAUAUUCCCUUAGGGUUCCUCUAUCAGGCUACAAGGUCCCUUUAAUAUUCCCUUAGGGUUCCUCUAUCAGGCUACAAGGUUCCUUUAAUAUUCCCUUAGGGUUCCUCUAUCAGGCUACAAGGUCCCUUUAAUAUUCCCUUAGGGUUCCUCUAUCAGGCUACAAGGUCCCUUUAAUAUUCCCUUAGGGUUCCUCUAUCAGGCUACAAGGUCCCUUUAAUAUUCCCUUAGGGUUCCUCUAUCAGGCUACAAGGUCCCUUUAAUAUUCCCUUAGGGUUCCUCUAUCAGGCUACAAGGUUCCUUUAAUAUUCCCUUAGGGUUCCUCUAUCAGGCUACAAGGUUCCUUUAAUAUUCCCUUAGGGUUCCUCUAUCAGGCUACAAGGUCCCUUUAAUAUUCCCUUAGGGUUCCUCUAUCAGGCUACAAGGUCCCUUUAAUAUUCCCUUAGGGUUCCUCUAUCAGGCUACAAGGUUCCUUUAAUAUUCCCUUAGGGUUCCUCUAUCAGGCUACAAGGUCCCUUUAAUAUUCCCUUAGGGUUCCUCUAUCAGGCUACAAGGUCCCUUUAAUAUUCCCUUAGGGUUCCUCUAUCAGGCUACAAGGUCCCUUUAAUAUUCCCUUAGGGUUCCUCUAUCAGGCUACAAGGUCCCUUUAAUAUUCCCUUAGGGUUCCUCUAUCAGGCUACAAGGUCCCUUUAAUAUUCCCUUAGGGUUCCUCUAUCAGGCUACAAGGUCCCUUUAAUAUUCCCUUAGGGUUCCUCUAUCAGGCUACAAGGUCCCUUUAAUAUUCCCUUAGGGUUCCUCUAUCAGGCUACAAGGUCCCUUUAAUAUUCCCUUAGGGUUCCUCUAUCAGGCUACAAGGGGCCUCUAUGGUUCUUUUGCGAUAAUGCCCGGAGGUUCUCCUGAUGUAUGUUGUCAGAUACAUUACCAGCGCUGGCUUUUAAUUGCACCUCUUUUAACUAACAUUUGAAUAAACUUCAAUCACUGUUUUUAUUUUGAAAACCUGCUGCCAAAGACACUUCCCGUUACAGGUGUUACGUUCCAUCAAUUAAAUAAUAUGUGUUACGA